AUGCACACCACGCAAAAGGACACGACCUACACAAAGAUUUUUGUCGGGGGUCUUCCGUACCACACAACGGAUUCCAGUCUCAGGAAAUAUUUCGAGGUGUUUGGUGAGAUUGAAGAAGCUGUGGUCAUUACGGACAGACAGACCGGCAAAUCCAGAGGCUAUGGAUUCGUGACGAUGGCGGACCGUUCAGCCGCAGACCGCGCUUGCAAAGACCCCAACCCCAUCAUCGACGGCAGAAAGGCCAACGUGAACCUGGCCUAUCUGGGAGCCAAACCCCGUGUCAUGCAGCCAGGUUUCACAUUUGGGGUUCCCCAGAUUCACCCUGCAUUCAUCCAAAGGCCUUAUGGAAUCCCGGCCCACUACGUGUACCCUCAGGCCUUUGUCCAGCCCAGUAUGAUGAUCCCUCAUGUGCCCACUGCUGCUGCAGCCGCACCUGCCACCGCCACCUCCCCGUACAUCGACUACACUGGAGCGGCCUACGCGCAGUACUCUGCGGCGGCCACCGCUGCAGCGGCGUACGAGCAAUACCCGUACGCCGCCUCGCCUGCAGCCGCAGGAUACAUGACCACACCCGGUUAUGGAUACGCCGUACAGCAGCCGCUCGCCGCCACCACGCCUGCUGCUGCAGCUGCCUUUGGCCAGUACCAGCCUCAACAGCUGCAGACUGACCGCAUGCAAUAG